CCACGCCCCGCCCGUCAUGCGCCCGUCGGGGCGUAUAAAGGGCGGGCGCGCGCCACCCACGCCCACGCCCUCCCCCGCCCGCGCCCAUACGCCCAUACGCCCACAGCCCCCAAUGUUCGCCCCGUUCACACGCGUGUCCGACUUCUUCCCGGGCCUCUUCCUCUGGGUCGACCCGACGUGCUUCGGGCGCUCGCUCGCCACCGCGCUCGGCUCUGGCGGCCCGCUGACGCCGCGGGACCUGCGGCCGUGCCUCGUCGUCGCGGUCGACGCCGCCGCGCGCACGUUCUCCGCCGCGCCCCUCUCUGCGACGCAGCCCCAGCAGCACGCGGACGGCUGGGCGCCGAUCGACACGCCCCCGCUGCUCACGUGGAAGCUCAACAACGCGUGGCUCUGGGUCGGGCCCCCGCCGACGCUCGCGAUGGUCUUCGCGCAGCCCAAGAUCAUGCACCCGAACAAGGACGUGUACUACAGCGCGCCGCCCGUGUCCACCGCGAACCUCGCGCACUACUGGGAGCGGCGCGCGGCGUACGAGGCCGCGCGCACGAGCACCGGGUCGAAGCACCCCGGACUCGGACGCUGUACAUACCUACCCCCCGCUCAAGAUAUCAUACGCAAAGUACUAAGCAUGCGCGCGCCUGCGGGCCGUAUAUACGUGUACCACAUAGAUUUAAGUUAG